UUAAAUGAAUCCAUCAAUUGAACAUUAAACGUACCUGACGUCAGAGCCGAUGUGUCGCUGGGUGUAAAUAUCGAGUAUGUGAGCCGCUGUCGGUUAGUUUUGUUUUGAUUGCGCUAGUUAUGUGUUGUGUCUGCUGUUGUUAGCGAACUUAACCUUCAAAAUGGCGUUAGGUGCGAAAAAGGCUAUCCAGCAUGUGCCCAGUAAGGGCAGGAUAUCUAUAAUGAAAAUACAAAAUUUUACCGUUGAGAAACGACAAUCCGUCAUACGAGGAAUAUACGGGUCCCUGUUCAUAACACUAUCGAUAGUACUAGCCGCUAUAAACCCUAUCAACCUCGUUACCGAUUGGGCACUGGAUAUGCGGGAGGGGCGGUAUCUGUAUCGGAUGCUGGAACACCCCACCUACGAGGUAUUUUCUGACGUUUACAUCUUUAACUACACAAAUGUGGACGAAUUUCUGAGCGGAUCAGACACUCAACUACAAUUAGAAGAAAUUGGACCGUUCGUCUUUCAAGAAAUAAGAACGAAUGAGAACAUGUCCAUAGAUCAUGAUCGAGGUGUUAUGACCAUGAAUCCAAAGACCGUUCUGGAGUUCCGUCCGGAAAAAUCAUUUGCCCACUACAAGGACAUUGAAGUCAGGAUACCAAAUAUUGCUCUUAUUGCUAUCAGCACGCUUCUAGCAGAUAAGAUGGGGUAUUUCGCGAACGCGGGGGCCUAUUACUCCAUUUCGGCACUGGGGCCCAAGCUGUUUAUUAACAUGACAGCCGAGGGCUUACUGUGGGGUUACGACGAUCCCCUGGUCAACAUCGCCAAUAAAUUUCUGCCUGGCUGGAUUGAUUUCGGAAAAAUUGGCAUUAUGGACAGAUUCUACGCUCAAAGAAAAGAAGAAGUUGAAAUAGAAUUAAGGAAUAAAUCAAGAAAAUUUGCGAUUAACUCCUGGAACAAAAGCCCCGGACUUGUUGAACAGGGGUUCACUGAUUGGAAUUCGAGCUAUCCGUGCAAUCGUUUGAAGGACACCUACGAAGGUCUGUUGUUACCUCCCGGGUUACGAAAGGACUACGAGAUCCCGCUGUUCAGGAAGCAGGCUUGUCGAGUCUACCCCUACAGGUUUUCCGAGGAAAUCACAAGCGAUCAUGGCUUCAACUUCUACAGAUAUAUAAUGAGCGAGCCUUCCUUCAACCAGUCCUCAAACUACGCCUGUCCAUGCUCUCAGAACUGUCUGCCGGAUGGCUUUGUGGAUAUUAGCAGCUGUUAUUAUGGGUUUCCUAUAGCGUUGUCUAAGCCACAUUUCCUGGACGCAGAUCCCGAACAGCUUUCUUUCUUCCGCGGUUUCAACCCAGACCCCAUAAAACACAGGUCCACCCUCGACUUGGAGCCGGUGUUAGGUGUUCCAGUAGCUGUGGAGUCCAACAUCCAAGUGAACAUCGCGGUGCGAAUGUCUUCAGGGAACCCCAUCACCAGACCCUUAAAAGAUAAGGUCAUGCCGCUGAUUUGGAUGUCUAUAUAUUGUAAAAACCCACCGUCAGAUAUUAUAACUCUGUUACAUCUGCGCCUGGUGUUAGCACCUCCACUUGUGAUCGCCCUGGAGGUGGUGCUGCUUAUCCUAGGGAUGUUUUUGGGCAUUCAAGCCUUUCACAGAAUUUGGAAACCGAAGUACAAACUGGUAAAGAAACCAAAGGAAAAGGUCAGGAGAAAGAGCAGCGAGCGACGAAAAAGCAGCGUGAUUUUGAACAUGGAGAACAGUGGAUUCGUUGACGAACAGGAACUGGCAAAGGAAGCCGUUUCAUUACUAGCGAUCACGGAGGAAGAUAACGACGUACCAGACUUAUUGUUGAACGAAUGAUUGCUGUCGACCCUAUUUAAUAUACGGUGGUACUUGUAAUUUUUACGUCAAAACGAAGUCGUUAUACGGUUGUAUACUAUGCAUAUGUACAUAUACCAGUUACGGUUAUAAUAUUUAAUAUACAAGUUUUUAUUAAGUUCCCUACCACAAACGGGUAAAAGGGACUCCUAUAGAGUCACUUUGUUGGUCGUCUGUCUGCCACGACUCUAUUAUUUUCUUUUAAGGAUGCUUGGAGGUAUUAGCUGAAGCUAAUAUCAAAUAUUUAGGUACUAUUCCUGGAGUAGUGAGAUCAAAGACAAUGUAAUCAAAAUAUGCAAGCAGUAAUUCUGCGCUUAUCCUCAUAAAUAUCCCGAGAAUCAAUACUUAUGAUCCUUGGCUUUAAAUCAAAAUCAGGGCUCAUGUUAAUGGUCUUUUAUUUAAAGUUAUAUUUUUUUUCAUUGUUGGGGAUAAUAUUUAUCACUUUCUUCCACCCCAAGAGUAAAGUGGUAGGCGAAGAUCCGGGACUGCUCAUUUAGCCCCAACGGUCCUCUCAUGACCAUCGUAGAAAGCCCCGGGAUACGGCCAAGCAGUCUUUCGUGAAAACCGAGCACAUUCCAUGUCAAUGUCUAUCGCCAGCUGUAGAACCCCCCGAAAGUAAAGUAUAUUUCCCUGUAUAUUUUAUUUUCUAGUUAGAUUGAUGUUUGCUACUUUCCUGAUUUGCGGUUGAUUUAUGUACGGUUGUAUUAUUUAUGUAUUAAAAUUCAAUUAUAAAAAUUCGCAAAUGAAAACAGCAAUCAGGAAUGCACGCAAAAAGCUCAAUAUUGCGUUAAUAUUAAAAUCAACAUAGUUAUAAGAAUUUUAUAUUAUGUGUGAUUAGCACGUUAGUUGAUAUUUUUUUAUAGUAAGGGAAUGCCUCUUGCCCAUGCCAAUGUAAAAUAGUUUAAAGACCCAUACAUGCGAGAUGAUGGACGUGGAUAACUUAAUAUUACUAUAUAUAAGCUAUAAGUGAGUGAGGUCAUUUAAUGUGGUCAGUUAUUUAUCCAGUAAAUAUGUUUUGUGUGUAGUGGAGUUAUUUCGCUAGUUGUGGAUUGAGAUUUAUCUCUCAGACGUUUACUUGCCAGAUACCUGAAUCUGCUCAAAUAGACAUAGGAAGCUCAAUUAAUAUUGUAUAGAUAAAUGCAUUUUAUUUAUUUUAAGAUAUCCGUUUUGCAAGAUUAUUAUUAUUUAUGUAAUUUGGGUGUAUUUUAUGUGAAUUAAUAUUAAGAACAGUAUUAGUCUCGUACGUAAGCAUAUGCCAGAGCAAAGUUAAUCACAUCUCUGUACCAUUGUACAUGUGUUAGCAUACUUCUAUAAGAACGUGAUAUUAAUUUUAAUAAAUUUAAUUUUAAUAUGGUUAAUAUUGACUGAAGGUAUGUUAUUAAUAAAUAAUGUUUUACCCAAAA